ACACAACCCGGCAGGGAGCGGAGGCGCCGGGCCCGGCUGCCCUCAGGGGCCGCCCUGGCGGGGCCCCGCCGGCCGGGGGGCGCAGCGCGCCUCCUGCAUUCUUUUCACUGGGGGGCAGCAGCGGCGGGGCCGCCGCACGGGCGCUCCGGGGCUCCUCCCGCCGGGCCGGUCCCGGUCCCGAUCCCGAUCCAGGGUUCGAUCCCGGGGCCAUGGCGGAGCUGCCGCGGUACCACGUGACGCCGCGGCGGCCGCUCCGCGCGCGGGCGGAAGCGGCGGGCGAGGGUCCCGCCCCGCGGGAAGUGAGGCCUGCGGAGCCGCCCCCGCCGCCGCGGGAAGGCGGCAGCUGCAGGCCCGGGCAGGCCGCGCUGGGCGGACGCGGAAGGGGACGGGGCAGGGGACGGGGAAGGGGACGGGGCAGGCUGCGCGGCGCGGCAGCGGACGUGAUGGUGGGCAGCGGCGACGAUGAGGCGGCUCCGCCGGACGGCCCCGGGCUGGCUCCGCCGGACGGCCCCACGCUGAAGCGGCGGCGGAAGAGCCCGCGGCUGGCGGCGGCGCAGCCGGAGGAGCCCGGGGACGAGGUGGACAGCGCGGCCCAGCACAGCGCGCUGCAGGGGGACGAGCAUCACUUUGGCACCCCAGAGUCCCUGACGCGCCCCCCUAUAAAAGCGUACAGAUCGCCAGGUGGUAGUACAUCUUACUUUGAAGGGAAUCCAGUAAAAGAAAAUGCAGAGUCUUGUGACACUAACAAAACUGAGAAACGAAACAUUUAUACACCAUUCAAAGAAAUAAAGACUGACUUCCUUGAGAAAAAUCAGGAGUGCUUUUCAACUUCUGCACCACAGAGCAGAAGUAAAUCUCUGCAUCAUUCCAGUAUAGAGAAGCAGUCACAGCCUUUGACCAAAAAUGAUGGUGAAUCGAAGAAUGGAUUUCACAAGAUGUGGACUUUGUUACUGGGUCUGUUAAUUAGUGUCCUAUUGCUUUAUGUCCUGUGGAGUGGGACUCAAGAUGGAACCUCCUCUAGGAGAGAUGCUGAAAUUCUACAAGAGUUUCGGGCCCGGAUGGAGAAACUAAAAAAUACUUACCAAAGUCAGAACCCUGACCUGUGGAGAAAAGCCCGUGCUUCUCUUGAGAAACGUCUCAACUCUUCCCGUGUGCAUCUGGAGCCUGCUAUCCUGCUGCUCACCGCUGGCCGGGAAGCUGAGAAGGCCUUGAGGUGCCUGAGCAACGAGAUUGCCAAUGCCUUUGCCUCCUCCCAGAACGCCACCUCGAUCAGCAUCAACGGGGUGGACAAGGCUGUGCAGGACAGUGACGCUGUCAAGCUGCAGGUGGACACAGAGCUCAGCUCUGGCUUCAGCGAAGGCAAGAAGGUGGCAGUGGUGCAUCGGUUUGAGUCACUGCCUGCAGGCUCCACCUUGAUCUUUUACAAGUACUGUGACCAUGAAAAUGCAGCGUAUAAGGACGUGGCUCUUCUGCUGACAGUUCUCCUGGAUGAGCAGUCGCUGAGGAAGAGCCUCACCUUUCAGCAAGUGGAGGAGAAAGUCCGGGAUUUCCUCUGGGCAAAGUUCACCAGUUCAGAUGUUCCUAGUUCUUAUAAUGACAUGGACACAGAUAAGCUGAGUGGACUGUGGAGCCGGAUAUCUCAUCUUGUGUUGCCUGUUUGGCCUGAGAGGGGCCUCCCUCUGGAGGGAUGCACAUAAAAGUUGCUGAGGAGCACUUGGGAAAGGAGGAAGACACAAAUGUGUGUUGCAAGGCAGAACAGGGAAUGGUGUGGCUGCUGAGCUCAGGCAGCAGCAAACCAGUCUUUUCUGUGCAGAGACUUUUCAUCAACUGGCAGGCUUGUUUCUGCCAAAGUAACUGGGACUUCUCUAAGUAAACUACAGAGCAUAAGCAAUAACUUGCUGUUUUUUGGUAAGUUGUAUUCAGUGAUGCAUUCAGCCUUGAUGGUCCUGGAGCUGGGCAUUACUGUGCAUCAGUGUAGAGUCACUCAUCUGCCUCUGAACCUGUUGAAGCAUUGUUGGCUUUGCUGUGAGGAUCCUUCCCUGGUGGUACAUAAAGCUGGUAUCAUAUUUGACAAGGUAACAGAAUGUAAAACCAUCACCUUCAUCUCCCAGGAUUGCUUACUUUUCUUCUAACAUAAGAAAUAAAUGGAAAAUUAUGAUAAAGUGAUGUGAGUCUGAGCACAAGCUUCUUCCUGAUCCAUUGGAUCACAGCAUAAAUGUCAGCUAACUUUGGCCACUUGAAGAAGUGGCAAAAUGGCUUGAAAGAUCUGUGACCUGUAGAGAACCUUUCAGCAAGCAUUUCUUCCUUAAAUGAGCCUGCCCCAAACAGUUCUGGAGAAAGAGAAAAGCUGAGAGAGGGAGAGAGGUUGUUUAAAAUCAGUAGUACUAAUGUCUGUUAAAUAAUUCCUCAAUACCUCUUUGCCUGGCUGCUUGCAGGGGUUCUCUACUCUUUUUCAAAGUUUUACAAGUCAUGAAAUUUGGAUGGAAACGAUAAAAUGUCAUUCCCAUGUACAUACUAUCUGCUUUCCAAACAAAACUUUAGGAAGACAUAGGUUAUUUCUCAUUUUACUAAGAUAAUUAUUUUUGCAUUGAGAGAAUCUAUUUAUUUGUGGUACUUGAUAUCCUAAAAAAAAUAACUUUUCUUCUUGUAUCUGUGUAUAGCUGACUGCUUGCUGUAUAAAUUUCUAGCAAAGAACAGAUUUGCAGAGCAUGCUUUUAAAAUGUUUUUUAGUCUCUUAUGUCAAUUCCUCACAAUUAAAAACAAGUACCUAUUUCUACUGUUAAGUAUUUUGCAUGAAAAAAUAAAGAGAAUAGCAGCACUUCCAUUUCAUUGCUGGUUACUUCAUGUUCUGAGCUGUUGGUCCAUUUGGUUUUAUUGAGUAUGAAGGAAUGUGUGAAGAUGCUCUCAAGUUAAUAUGAUGUUUUCUUGUAACAGCUGAGAGAUUUGGCCCAUGCUUCGUUCACAAGCCCUUUGAACUGUCCUAUUGUAAAAAAAAAAAAAAAAAAAAUCCUUUUCGACCAGGAAAACCUGUUGAAGAACUGGAGCUUCUGGCUUGUUUGUGCAAGGCAAGGUUUGGGGUGUUAAGUGGAAUCAACCAAAAAUCAGCUGAAGCAUAUAAAAGAGCAGAGUUUUGGGAGACAGAGCUGCAGUCACUUAAACCAGAGGUGGAUUUGUUCCAACUAUCGAGAGCCAGCAAUGGAUAAUGCUUCCUAUUAAUGGGCAGAAAUAAAAACAGCAAGAAGACAUGGAAAUGCUGUUGUUCUGGAUGUUUAAUAGCUCAGGAAGGAAAAGAUGGCAUUUACAUUUUGAACAUUUCACUGGACAAAUGUUUUUUUUAUUAAAAAAAAAAACCUGUGACUUAUUUUCAAAUUUGUCUUCAUAGCAUAUUUGUUUGUAUAUUAUGUAAACUAUUUUAGUAAUGAUUCAAAAUAAACACUCUUGUUUGUUUUAUAAAGCUGUCUUAAGACUUGCCCAUUGAAUUUUAAGUGGUCAGACUUUUUUUUUCUCUGUUUGAAUUGCUCAUUUCACCUUUGACCAACUACAGAUGCCUAAAAUACAACCUUUUGCAAAAUUUAGAACUUUUAAGAAACUUUAGUGGAGUGGUAGAUACUGAGAUGCAUGUAUUUCAUAUCAGGGCUUUUGUCUACCAGGGAAUGUUUCAGGAAAUGGCUGUGAAUUGUCUUUUACUUGGUGUUCCUGUACUAAUUCCCCAGUUCUGAUUUCAGCUGGAACUAAUGAUAAGAUAUGGUUCACUUGUUUCAUUAGCCAAUACAAGAGUCAGCAGCUGACAAAAGGGAUGACUUCAUUCUUGUUCCACUCCUAGCUGCAUGUUCUGUACCUUUGGUGUUGCAAACUAGUGCAUUGUGAACUGACUGGAGACACAGUCUUACUGAAAAGUAACUUUAAAAAAGUUAUCAGAACCAGCCACCAAAAAAAAAAAAGACAAA